AUGUCCUCCUCCCAGCUCUUCAUAGUUCUUGCCAUCCUUGCCAUUGUCUCCCCUACCAUUUCGGCAACAGAUUAUAUUGUUGGCGAUGACAAGGGUUGGACCAUUAAUGUUGAUUACCAAGCUUGGGCUCAGGGAAAGCUCUUCUAUGUUGGUGAUAACCUCGUAUUUAACUACCCAGAAGGAGCUCACAGUGUGCUUAAGGUGAAUGGAACUGGGUUUCAAGAAUGUGCAGCUCCUGCAGGAACUGUGGCAUUAACAAGUGGACAGGAUGUGAUAAACCUAGCAACGCCAGGAAGAAAAUGGUACAUUUGCGGUGUUGCUAAGCACUGUGAAGUCGGACCCCAGAAGCUUUUCAUUACUGUUAUGCCAGCUGCUUCCUAUGCUCCUAGUCCAAGCCCCACUACGUCUGCAGCAACUACAAGUGCUGUUAAUGGAGCAAGAUUUGGGUGGACGAUCAUUGUUAUUGGCAUUCUUGGGAUGCUCGUCUAG